CCCUUCUUACCCUCUCUCUCUCUCCUCAGGUCCAGCAGUUAAUGCAGUGUAUUUAUGGUAGAAGUGCUGUGAGUGUUGAUUGGAGGAGACUAGUUCUCUGUCUCUCACAGCCUUACCCUCUCCCCUCCUCUCAAGACCUCCUCACUGCUCUCUCCUCAAUGAGAGCUACUUUGGAUGGAAGAAAUAAUAAAAUGAUUACCAGGGAAGAGUAUAUGAGUGUCCCCAUAUGGUUGGAUGAAAGAGCUGAUGAGGACAGAAAUGCAAGACUUAAACCGUUCUUUUUUGAGCUUUUCAAGGACAAUUUGUGUGAUACAUUGGACUACAUGAAUAUGUUGAUGGUUCUCUGUUCCUCACCUGAUGGUCAGGAAGGAUUCUUUAAAGCGCUUUCAAUAAUUAAAGGAGAGCCAAUCACUUCUUCAAGUGAUACAGAUAUUGCUCUAUCAGAGCUACAGAAGGUCAUUAAUUUUGGUGCUACCGAGUCAGCUCCUUUUCAUGAAUCACUACAAGAGAUAUAUGAUAGAGUAGGAGGAGGAGGAGGAGAGAAAGGAGGAGGAGGAGGAGAGAAAGGAGGAGGAGACAGUAUUAGUACAUUACCCCUCUCAUCAUUGAUACAGGAUACCAGUCUCUUGAGGCUAAUAAAUGCUUGCAAUCAAUAUCACUUACCAGAUGUGGUGUCUGUGGUUAUACCAUGCCCACCCUCAAUGGAACCACGUCUACCAACAUCAGAAUAAGGACAAGACUACAUUUAUUAAAUAACAUUACUGAACAGUAGAGAGUAAAUAAUUAUUAUGUAUAUUCCAUUUUAGUAACAAUGAGAUUGUACCGUAUAGCAGUUUUCAAAAAGCCUAUUUC